UCCCCUAUCGCCUUCGCCUAGGCAGCUGCCAUGCUUGCGCCCCCACGGCUCUAGGGCCAAUAGGCAGGCCCUACUGCUGGGACUCGAACGGCUAUUGGUUGGCCGAGCCGUGGUGAGAGAUGGUGCGGUGCCUGUUCUUGGCCCUGUAGAGAGCUGUGGGCGGUUGUUAAGGCGACCGUUCGUGACGUAGCGCCGUCAGGCCGAGCAGCCCCCAGGCGAUUGGCUAGACAAUCGAACGAUCCUCUUUUAUUGGUCGAAGGCUCGUCCGGCUCCACGCGUGCGUAAGGCGAGGGUUCCUUCCGCUCCGUGUCUCCGUUGACUGGAGACUGGCGGAGCACCGGCGCCGGGGUUCGGUGGCCUCUAGUGAGAUCUGGAGGAUCCACAGAUUCUGUAUCUACAAUGUUGUCAAGACUUUUUCGAAUGCAUGGCCUCUUCGUGGCCUCCCAUCCCUGGGAAGUCAUAGUGGGGACAGUGACACUGACCAUCUGCAUGAUGUCCAUGAACAUGUUUACUGGUAACAAUAAGAUCUGUGGUUGGAAUUAUGAAUGUCCAAAGUUUGAAGAGGAUGUUUUGAGCAGUGACAUUAUAAUUCUGACAAUAACACGAUGCAUAGCAAUCCUGUAUAUUUACUUCCAGUUCCAGAAUUUACGUCAACUUGGAUCAAAAUAUAUUUUGGGUAUUGCUGGCCUCUUCACAAUUUUCUCAAGCUUUGUAUUCAGUACAGUUGUCAUUCACUUCUUAGACAAAGAAUUGACAGGCUUGAAUGAAGCUUUGCCUUUUUUCCUCCUUCUGAUUGACCUUUCCAGAGCAAGUGCAUUAGCAAAGUUUGCCCUCAGUUCCAACUCACAGGAUGAAGUAAGAGAAAAUAUUGCUCGUGGAAUGGCAAUUUUAGGUCCAACAUUUACCCUCGAUGCUCUUGUUGAAUGUCUUGUUAUUGGAGUUGGUACCAUGUCAGGGGUUCGUCAGCUUGAAAUUAUGUGCUGCUUUGGCUGCAUGUCAGUUCUUGCCAACUACUUCGUGUUCAUGACUUUCUUCCCAGCUUGUGUGUCCUUGGUAUUAGAGCUUUCUCGGGAAAGCCGCGAGGGUCGUCCAAUUUGGCAGCUCAGCCAUUUUGCCCGAGUUUUAGAAGAAGAAGAAAAUAAGCCAAACCCUGUAACUCAGAGGGUCAAGAUGAUUAUGUCUCUAGGCUUGGUUCUUGUUCAUGCUCACAGUCGCUGGAUAGCUGAUCCUUCUCCUCAAAACAGUACAGCAGAUACUUCUAAGGUUUCUUUAGGACUGGAUGAAAAUGUGUCUAAGAGAAUUGAACCAAGUGUUUCCCUCUGGCAAUUUUAUCUCUCUAAAAUGAUCAGCAUGGAUAUUGAACAAGUUAUUACCCUAAGUUUAGCUCUUCUUCUGGCUGUCAAGUACAUCUUCUUUGAACAAGCAGAGACAGAAUCUACACUCUCGUUAAAAAACCCUAUCACAUCUCCUGUAGUGACACAAAAGAAAGUCCCAGACAACUGUUGUAGACGUGAACCUGUGCUGGUCAGAAAUAACCAGAAAUGUGAUUCAAUAGAGGAAGAGACAGGGAUAAACCGAGAAAGAAAAGUUGAGGUUAUAAAACCCUUGGUGGCUGAAACAGAUACCCCAAACAAAGCUACAUUUGUAGUUGGUAACUCCUCCUUACUCGAUACUUCAUCAGUACUGGUGACACAGGAACCUGAAAUUGAACUUCCCGGGGAACCUCGGCCUAACGAAGAAUGUCUACAGAUACUUGGGAAUGCAGAGAAAGGUGCAAAAUUCCUUAGUGAUGCUGAGAUCAUCCAGUUAGUCAAUGCUAAGCAUAUCCCAGCCUAUAAGUUGGAAACUCUGAUGGAAACUCAUGAGCGUGGUGUAUCUAUUCGCCGACAGUUACUUUCCAAAAAGCUUUCAGAACCUUCUUCUCUGCAGUACCUACCUUACAGGGAUUAUAAUUACUCCUUGGUGAUGGGAGCUUGUUGUGAGAAUGUUAUUGGAUAUAUGCCCAUCCCUGUUGGAGUAGCAGGACCCCUUUGCUUGGAUGGAAAAGAAUUUCAGGUUCCAAUGGCAACAACAGAAGGUUGUCUUGUGGCCAGCACCAAUAGAGGCUGCAGAGCAAUAGGUCUUGGUGGAGGUGCCAGCAGCCGAGUCCUUGCAGAUGGGAUGACUCGUGGCCCAGUUGUGCGUCUUCCACGUGCUUGUGACUCUGCAGAAGUGAAAGCCUGGCUUGAAACAUCUGAAGGGUUUGCAGUGAUAAAGGAGGCAUUUGACAGCACUAGCAGAUUUGCACGUCUGCAGAAACUUCAUACAAGCAUAGCUGGACGCAACCUUUAUAUCCGUUUCCAGUCCAGGUCAGGGGAUGCCAUGGGGAUGAACAUGAUUUCAAAGGGUACAGAGAAAGCACUUUCAAAACUUCAUGAGUAUUUCCCUGAAAUGCAGAUUCUAGCUGUUAGUGGUAACUAUUGUACUGACAAGAAACCUGCUGCUAUAAACUGGAUAGAGGGAAGAGGAAAAUCUGUUGUUUGUGAAGCUGUCAUUCCAGCCAAGGUUGUCAGAGAAGUAUUAAAGACUACCACAGAGGCUAUGAUUGAGGUCAACAUUAACAAGAAUUUAGUAGGCUCUGCCAUGGCUGGGAGCAUAGGAGGCUACAACGCCCAUGCAGCAAACAUUGUCACUGCCAUCUACAUUGCCUGUGGACAGGAUGCAGCACAGAAUGUUGGUAGUUCAAACUGUAUUACUUUAAUGGAAGCAAGUGGCCCCACAAAUGAAGAUUUAUAUAUCAGCUGCACUAUGCCAUCUAUAGAGAUAGGAACGGUGGGCGGUGGGACCAACCUGCUACCUCAGCAAGCCUGUUUGCAGAUGCUAGGUGUUCAAGGAGCAUGCAAAGAUAAUCCUGGGGAAAAUGCCCGGCAGCUUGCCCGAAUUGUGUGUGGGACCGUAAUGGCUGGGGAAUUGUCACUUAUGGCAGCAUUGGCAGCAGGACAUCUUGUCAAAAGUCACAUGAUUCACAACAGGUCGAAAAUCAAUUUACAAGACCUCCAAGGAGCUUGCACUAAGAAGACAGCUUGAAUAGCUUGACAGUUCUGAACUGGAACACGCGCAUUGGGUUGAAAGGACUAACAUAAAAUCUGUGAAUUAAAAAAGCUCAAUGCAUUGGCUUGUUGAGGAUGAAUAGAUGUGAUCACUGAGACAACCACUUGGUUUUUGACUCUUUCAGAGAGGUCUCAGGUUCUUUCCAUGCAGAUUCCUCAGAUCUGAACACAAUUUAGUGCUUUACAUGCUGUGCUCUUUGGAAAGAUUUCAGCAAGAAUAUUGUACGUUAAAGCAUCAAAGAUGUUAAUCUACAACUCACCUCUGAAGGCAAAUACAAGCUGGGAAAAAAGUUUUGAUGAAAUUCUUGAAGUUCAUGGUGAUCAGUGCAAUUGACUUUCUCCCUCACCCCUGCCGAUUGAAAAUGGAUUUUAAAAUGAUACUGUAGCUGACGAAACUCCUGAUUUUGUAGUUAAUUUAUUAAGUCUGGGAUGUAGAACUUCAAGAAGCAAGAGCUAAGUUCAUAUUUGUAAAUUAAUUCUUCAUUUGGUGCUGGUCUAUUUUGAUUUUGGGGGGUAAACAGCAUUAUUCUUCAGAAGGGGACCUGUUUUCUUCAAGGGAAGAAACACUUAUUCCCACACUACAGAAUAAUGUGUUAAACGUGCUAAAUAGUUCUGUCAGGAAAACAAAUCACUGCAUUUAUCUCCGCAGGCUAUUUGUUCAGAGAGGCCUUUUGUUUAAAUAUAAAUGUUUGUCUAGAUUGGCUAUAACAUGUCUUUCAGCAUUAGGCUUUUAAGAAACACAGGGUUUUGUAUUCAUUACUAAAGAUAUCAGAGCUUUUAAUGUUGCUUAGAUGAGGGUGAGUGUCAAAUGCAAGCAAGACUGGGACCUUAGAAAUCAAUGGAGAAACACAGUUUUGAAAGAAAAAUACCAUUUCUCUAAGCCAACUUUAAUUGCUUAAAAGACAUUUUUAUUUAGUUGAAAAAUCUAGUUUUUUUUUUUUUUUGUAAACUGUAUCAAAUCUGUAUAUGUUGUAAUAAAGCUUCUUAUGCUAGUUUAUUGGAAGUGUUCAAGAAAUAAAAAUCAACUUGUGUACUGAUAAAAUACUCUAGCUUGGGCCAGAGAAGAUAAUGUUCUUUAAGGUUGUCCAGGAAACCCUGGCUUGCUUGCGGAGCCUAAUGAAAGGGAAAGUCGACUUUCAGAGCCAGUGAAGGAGCCACGUGAAUGGCCUAGUUCUUGUGGCCAGGAGGUUGGUGACUGAAACAUUUACAGAGGGCUCUUUGAUGGACCCAUGAACGCUCUUAGCUUCCUCAGGGGAUCAGCAGAGUUAUUGAAUCUUAAUUUUUUUUUUUAAUGUACAAGUUUUGUAUAAAUAAUAAAGAACUCCUUAUUUUGUAUUACAUCUAAUGCUUCAAGUGUUGGUCUUGGAAAGCUGAUGAUGUCUCUUGUAGAAGAUGGACUCUGAAGAACAUUCCAGUAAACCACGGCAGCAUGAAGAGCCUCUUAGUGAUUGCGUCUGCAGUGUUACUGUGGAAGAUUUACCUUUUCCGUUGUACGUAAAGCUUAAAUUGUUUUUGUUGUGACUUUUUAGCCAGUGACUCUUUUUCUGAGCUUUUCAUGGAAGUGGCAGUGAAAAAUAUGUUGAGUGUUCAUUUUAGGACUGUAAUUAAUAUCUUGCUAAAUUAAUGUUUUGUACAAUUACUAUAUUGUAUACAUUUUGUUAUAGAAUACUUUUUUUCUAGUUUUAGUAAAUAAUGAAAAGGAAGUUAAUACCAA